UGCGUAGUUUAUUACAGAAAUCAGUUUCGAUGUCCUAAGGAAUACGUAUCAACAAAGUUUGUGAUACUUUCGUGAUCAAAAAGCGGACAUUUUGGGAACAGCCAUCAGCAACCUAGACGGGUUGAUCCGGAAACCCUUUGGAUGUGGCGAACAAAAUAUGCUCCAUUUUGUGCCAAAUAUAGUCGUUUUGGAUUAUCUUAACGAAACCAACACAGCGGCAGAAGAUGUGAGGACCAAAGCGAUAAAUUUUCUUAGCAGCGGAUAUCAAAACCAGCUACGCUACAAACGUUCGGAUGGGGCCUUCAGUGUCUGGGGACAAUCGUAUGCUGGCAGUACAUUUUUGACGGCCUUUGUGGCGAAAUCAUUCAAAAUAGCAGCCAAAUACAUUCAGGUGGAUAAGUCUAUAGUAGACGCGGCAUUCGACUGGUUAGUGAAACAACAACAAUCAGAUGGGCGGUUCCCAGAAGUGGGGCAAGUAUUCCAAGCAGAUAUGCAGGGUGGGCUUCGUAAUAACGGUUUUGCGCUUACCGCGUAUGUUCUGAUCGCUUUUGCUGAAAAUAAGGAAGUAUACAGAAAAUACCAAUCACAACUGAACAAAACUACUAACUUCAUAGCAGAUAGACUUGCUAAUAUGGAGAAUCCAUACGACCUCUCGCUGUCCACUUAUGCGUUGAUGCUAACAAAUCAUGGCAAGCGCACCGAGUUUCUUCACAAAUUAGUCGAAAAGUCGAUAUUUGACCGCAAUCAAACUGAGAGAUAUUGGGACAGCAAACCAGUUGAUAUUGAAGUUGCUGGAUAUGCUCUAUUGUCAUACGUAGCUGCCGGUAAAUUAUUGGAUGCAACGCCUAUCAUGCGGUGGCUCAACAAGCAGCGUUAUGGUCUCGGAGGCUAUCCUGGAACUCAGGAAACAUUCGUUGGAUUGAAAGCAUUGGCAACGUUCGCUGCAAAUGUAACUAGUAGGAGAAACGAAUAUACUGUAAGGAUAUUCUACGAACCAAAUGGUCGACGAACAUUCGACGUACACAUGCACAAUUCGUUUAAUAUUCAAGAGCUUGACAUUCCUAAUAACAUCAGAAAAAUGAAGGUGGAAGUUGAAGGCAUCGGCAGAGGCUUCUUCCAAGUGGCAUAUCAGUACUAUCAAAAUAUGCAGGUGGCUAAGCCCAGUUUCAGCAUUACAAUUAAUCAGCUUAACACCACGACGGAACACAUGCAGCAAUUGGACGUGUGUGUGAAAUACAUACCAAAAGAGGCUUAUCAAAAAUCGAAUAUGGCUUUGGUGGAAAUAUUCUUGCCUAGUGGGCUUGUAGCAGACUCAGAUGCCAUUACGGACAAGACUGGAGGAAUUCGAAGAAUUGAAAGACGUUUUUCGGACACCUCAGUAGUUAUAUAUUAUGAUAAUUUGGACCCCGAAGACAAGUGCUUCCGAGUGACUGCUUAUCGUCGGUAUAAAAUUGCAUUGCAUUUGCCAUCAUAUAUUAUAGUUUAUGAUUAUUAUAAUUUUGAGCGCUUUGCCAUUCAAAAGUACGAAGGAAAGGUGCUGCAGCUCUGCGAUAUUUGUGAAGACGAGGACUGCGAAACUUUAUCAUGUCAAAAUAGCUCGAAAUUGGCAAUAAUGUAAAAUGUGUUCAUAUUGACAUUGAAACAGACAGUGAUCGAAGUAAUCAAAAAGUGUUUUCGUGGCGAAGCGGAUGGAGCAGAAUCUUUAAUUUGGUUAUGAUAUUCACAUUAUAGAAGGAUAGUGUCUUCGGGAAAGUUGUUAACACAUUUAGGAGCAACACGAUGGUUCAGCAAGGAGC